AUGCUCACGUGCUUGCAGGUGCAAAGCGCUGACGAGCUGCUCCGCGUAGCCACGCUCGUGAUCUCCAAGGUGCUGGCCGAGCCCUACUUCAGCCACCGCGAGUUGUAUGCAGAACUCGUCUAUGGGCUUUGGAGCAGGUGCCGGGUGUUCCCAGCCGAAGGUGAAGAUGCCAAGCCUCGAAACUUCGGGCGGCUUUUGCUCAACUCGGUCCAGGCCGAAUUUGAAGAUUUGCUGGCGACCCUGGAGCCCAGCCCUGCAGAUCACAGGAACCUACCCGAACCUCUGCUGGAACUUGAGAUGAGACGGAGGAGGGAGAGGAUGCGGGCUCUCAUGUUGUUUAUGGGCCACCUUUUUUUGAGACAUCUCCUGGCUUUAAAGGUCUUAAGCCGCGUUGUCGAAGAGCUCAUUGGCUUGGAUGGCGACCCUCGGCCCUGGCCAGAAGAGCAUCGGAUCGAAUGUGUUUGUGAGCUGUUCUGCGUCGUCGGCCCCAAGCUGGAAGAUAACGCUCGCGGGGAAGCAUUGUUGGACAGUCUGUCGUCCAGGCUGAUCGAGAUCAACAUAAAGUACCAACACCUCGGGAAACCAGCCAGCAAGCGAGUCGAAUAUCAGAUUUUUGUCCUGCUGCAGAUGCGGAAGACUGGCUGGGAGGACACGCCUGAUGACUGGCAAUGA